GACAAGCUCAGUGCAGGGCCAAAAACCGGGCGUCCUGUGCGGCAUCGCUGGUGAUUCGGACGGCGUCGGCUCAGCAUUCAUUGUGCUUGUUGGCGUCGAAGCAGUUGCGAGAGUUUUAACCGACGCCGACCUUCUCAAACCAGACCUCUAAAGCUGCCGUCAGAGUGCAGUGAAAAAACACCCUCGGCCCGACCGAUCGCUGCCGGCGGCGCUGCCAAAAUGGCGGCUCACAGAGUGCUCUCCUUGGUAGCACUCCUCGUCGCACCAACCACCGCACUGAGCUACGACCCGGCGCGGUCGCUCGCGCCGCUGCACCGCCUGCUCUUGCAGCGCACGGUGCAGACGCAGACGGUCUAUCUGACGGACUUCCACGACGAGGCCAAGGCCCAGUGGCUCGCGAACUACCUGGACCCGCAGGCGCCCAUGGACACGGUGCGCAUGUCGAACACGGAGUGUUUGCCGCGCUACAACGGUUUGGACGGCUUCCCGCACGCGACGAACGAAGAGUACCUAAGGACGAUGAUCCGGAGCGAGCCCAUCACCUACGAAGUCCGGUACAAGGUCGGGACCUGGGCCGGCGGCAACCAGGGCACCGGCGGCGCGGUCGGGCCCUCGGAGGAGCCCGCGGCGGACGAGGCCUUCCGCAAGGGCAUGGAGCAGAAGCAGACCUUGGACUUCUGGGGCGGCUCGAACAACGCCGCCGCCGCGAGCACGCGGCGGAACAACCCGUUCCUCGGCGAGCACACGGCGAAGUACCGCGAGUACGAGGAGACGAUCGUGCCCUCGCGCUUCGCCCAGCUAUUGAUGACGACGCAGCAGCAGCUCGCCAAGGAGUGGCGGCGGGACCUCUGCGCCAUCUACGACGGGUCGCUAAUCCUGCCGCGCGACCCCGACGCCGACGAGGCGCAGGCCAUCGCGGCGGAGCAGUCGCUCUCAGUGCACAAAUCAAAUUGGCGGGGCGCGCCUCUUCCACGCCAUCGACGCGACGUCAGCACGACGGCGUGGUGGUGUGGUCUCUCGCCGCUCGUGAACCCGACUCACUGGUUGAUUUAUGCACAGGUCGCUCUACGCGCGCGUGAUUCGCGACAAGGCCAUGGGCGAGGACCCGGACGAGCUCGGGCGGUUCGCGACGUCUCCGCUGCGGGCCGCGAACCUGGAUCUGUGCGAGCGGCUGGCGACGCGCGUGGCCGCGCGCGAGCUUUGCGUGGACGGCGACCUGUCGCCGGCCCAAGCGCGACGCCUGGAGGAGUGCCUCGAGCGCCUCGAGAGCAGCGAGCCGGCCGAGCCGGAGGCCGGGCCGACGGACGACAUCCACGCGGCGCUCGCCGCGAAGCUUGAAACCAUGACGCGCGUCGACGCCUUGGGCGGCCACGCGCGACGCCGCGGCCUCGCGCGGCGGUGGCUCGAAUCGCUCGAGGACGAGGCGCUCGCGGACGUCGUCCGCCGCCGCCGGAACGAGCUCGCGCGGCACUGGGCCGAGUCCGUCGUGGACGAGGUCGCCGCGACGCACGCGCUGCUGCUCCGGGAGUCGCUCGAGAGCCAACUCUAACUUAUUA